AUGGCUCCAAUGAUAUCGGGACAGUAUUUAUACUACUAUUUCGUACUUUUCAACUUAAUUGGCACCAUUUCAUGUGCGCGUCCGACAUUUAGUACCAUAUUUCAACUAUCAGGUAGUGACGAUACGGAUUCACGUACUGGCUUGCCUUUGCAUACAACUUUAACGAAGAAAGCACUGAAUUUAUCGAAGCAAGAAUUUUUAAAAGAAGCAAAAUCUUUGCCGACUUCAUCAUCGCCAUACAUGGUUAUUGAUCAGUUGAAAUCUGUUCAAUUAAAUACAACAAGUAAAUUAAACCCAACAGCAUGUAUCGCACUUAAUGCCAUUCAGUCCUUGCAAUCUGUAACUUGUAUCAAUCGUACUAUCAUAAUGAAAUUCGACACAACAGCCAAUAGUGCCUAUGCAUAUAAUGAAUGGAUAAAACAAAAAGUACAAUUUGUUAAUGGUGGACAAGAAUGGAACUGCACAAACUCAACAACGAGAAAAGCUAUUGUGAUUAUGAUGAAACUCAUACCAAGUACAUUCAAAUUAACAAAAAACCAAAUUAUUGUAAACACAACAAAUGAUACAAAUAUCACACCACUGGUUUGCUUUGACGAUUUAAGAAUAAAUAUGACAACAGAACAAGAAAUACCAAAACCAGCAAAUGCUGUAAGAAAUACUUCGAACAUGACGACCACUACAACUACACUACCAGUAACGACUCCAUCGGCAACAACAAUGACGACAACAAUUCCUAUAAUGACUCAGACAACAUCACUAAACUUGACAACAACAAGAAUGAGAAGUAAUCAAACACUACGUGCGAGUUGUAGCAUAUUCUCUUCAAUUGAUUCCAGCACGCUCACUUUGGUACGACAACCAUCAGUCGAUGCAACUUAUCAACUUGGUACCACAUUUUAUCUGUCCUGGACCUUGAAUAGCGAUUUUGAUACAUCUAUAUCAUUAGAAAUUAAAUUGAAACGUAGCGGUUUGCUUGGUAUUCCUACAGACAUAUAUACAUGGUAUGUAACUGCUGGGCGAUACUUCUUUUCUGUCACGAUAUCAUCACUACCAAUAUCUACUCGUGAAAGCUAUUACUUUAGUUUUUACUGGAUAAAUGUGUAUCGUUGUGUGUCAAUACCUCAUUGGAAAACGACUAACUCUUUUCGAAUACCUACUGCUCCCUAUAUCACAGUUUACGGAGGAUAUCGAUCUACAUAUUUUCCUGGUGAUACUAUUCAUGUACAGUGGAUGGUAACAAAUGGAGCUUUUCCAUCGGGUGCUCAAGUACUAUUACGAUUCAAUCGUUAUCGUUGGUUGAUAUCGGAUGACACUGUUGCUUCUGUAUGGGUGAACCCAUCAAAUUAUUAUUAUGAUUAUACGAUUCCUAUAAAUCUGCCUAAGGAAGAUAACGAUGAUGAAUAUUAUUUUCGAUUAGACUGGUACAGUUCUUCAUGGAUUUCUAUCACUGACACAUAUACAAGUGAUUCAAAUCAUUUUUAUGUACCGACAAAGCCAAUUAUCGUUCCACUGUUACCAGCUACCGAUGAUAGUUAUACUGUUACUGACACCGUUAAAAUUACAUGGACAGCAAGAAAUUUUGAUUCCACAUCGAGUAAUUAUUUGACUAUUACACUAAAACGUUAUAGAUUGCUUUUGUGGGAUGAAACAAUUUAUACUGUAGCAUCAUGUUCAAACCCACAAUCGGAACUAUGUUUCGAUGGACAGUUAUCACAAGUUCAACCUUCUGUUUCCGAUUUUUAUUAUCACUUCUCUUGGUGUGGUUGGUGGCCUUUUUCAUGCUACAAAAAUGGCUUUUAUUUCUUAAUACCUGUACAUGUCACGGAUGGGUGGAAUUAUAAUCCAGCAUUAGGUAAAGCAAUUUCACAAAAAACCAUAUAUCAUGCUGAUUGUUCUUCCAAACCAACGGGUGUAGUUGGAAAAUUAUGCAAUGAAAGUCGUAAAAUGUCAAUUGAUUUAACAUGUGCGAAUUGUUAUUUGUCAUAUGAUUAUAGUAUUUUACGAUUGGAUCUAAUUGCAAGUGGAGGUGUUCUCGGAAAUAUGAAUAUUAAAUUUAAAUCAACAGCAACAGUAAACAUCGAAUUAUUGUUAGAAGUUAAUUAUUUGUAUCAAAAACAGGACUUGAUACCAUUGGCCCAGUUAACCUUGAGUGGGUUCAGCUUUCGUAUAAGUUCUAUUUCAUUCAGAUUUGGCUAUUUUCUCGAUAUAGAUUUACCCUAUACAGUCGAACUUAAUGCAAUUGGAAGUUUAUCAGGAGGUUUGCAAUAUGUAAUGAAUAUUAAUCUUGCGUUAUAUGUUGUCGGUACAAGUGCUUCACAUACCAUCGACAUGAGUUUAACAAAGAAAAAUUAUCCAAUACAGGGUAAUUUAAAAGCUAAUCUGAUAGUUGAUGUUGCUUUAAGACCCACAUUGAGAAUGGAUGCUAUAAUAUUUUCUGUUGCUCUUACGACUGAGGGUUACCUGAGGUAUGAAAAUCUAUUUCAAUACCCACCAUUUCCAGGAGGUUCCAUUAAUUAUGAUUAUGAUGUCUUCAAUCCAUCCAUUUACCAUUAUUCUUACCCUUCAGAUGCAUGCAGCACACCACAUCUUUUACGAUAUCAUAUUCAAUUUGGCAUCCGCAAUUCACGUUUAACUUUUGACGUUAAGCUUGAUCAAAUCAGUAGCUAUAUUUCGACUGCAGUAAACAUUCAUCAUGCACUUCAAAUAUUUGAAUACGAACCUGUGUACGAAUUAGUCAGUGGUUGCUUCUUCCAAGUACCUUAUAAUGAUUAUAUACAAUCGGCCGGUCUGUACUUGGACAUACCAUACAACGGGUCGUCUGUUUUUUCAGAAUAUUUUAAAACUUCAAUCAUUUUUGACAUGGCUAAAGUUUUAAAUACUGCUCCCGCACGCAUACUAUACAAUUUAUCACAACCAUACUUUUAUCAGGCAUUACGAAGAACAAUUACGUACGUUAGUUUGUCAAUACUACCAUAUGUUAUGCCAAGCAAUACUGAUCCAAAUGUGCGAGAGUUAGCUGAUAGGCUUUUGGCAAAUGAAUUAAACCCAUCAUCAGUGCUAUACACAGAUACAAUAUGGGCAAAAAAAUUGGUCAACAGUUUAACGCAGCAAUCUAAUAACAUAACUGGUAUUAUAACGACAACAACAACAACAACAACAACAACCCCAGGACUUACUGCACCAACUCUCAACCUACUCUGUCCAACUCUGCCACUGAUCAGCGAUUCAACGAUACUAUUAGCCUCGCUUGUAAAUUCAUCAGCAUUCAACUAUACAUUCUUUCAAUAUAUAUUUUAUGCAAUAUCCAAUCGUACAACUUUAGCAUUUGGCUUUCGACAAGAUCCAAGUUACUGGUGUAUGGAUGAUGUUUCUGUUACACCUUAUGGUGCCAGUAGCAAUCUGAUCAUCAAUGGCAGAUUUGAGACAGGAUCACUUUCUCCAUUUGCUACAUGUGCACCAUUGGGAUUCUAUGCAAGUGGCACCAUUAGUCAGAGUUAUCCUCGCACUGGUAAUUACAGCUACUAUGAUGGCACGACUGGAAGAGGGGAUUAUCUAUUCCAAACAUUCAUAACUGUUCCACAAAACUACUAUACCAUCUCAUUUUGGCUACAGAAUUUGGGUUCAAUACCCAAUCAAUUCAAUGCAACAGUUGGACCAACAAGCACUAUGAAUGGUUAGUAUUCUUGUUUCAAAAUUGAUUCACUCUGAAUCUACUUGUUGUCCAGGACAAACAACGGUUACUCCAUACACUACUCAACAACUAUUCAAUAGUACACGUAAAGAUAAACAUAGGUUCCAUGUACAAUAAUGUAUUUGUCUCUCUUUUUCAAAAAAAAAAGGCCAAACAUCGACUCAGACAAUGCUCAAUACCACUAUGCACAAUUCAAGUAUGAGUAAUAGUCUAACUUACAGCUAACUGUAGCUAUAACUUUUCGUCCAUGUAGAAUUAGGUUCAAUGAGAAAUAUAUCUUUUCAAAGAGAAAAAAGAACACAUCGUCUUGAGAACCAUGUACUCGCUGAUAUUGCUUAAGGCCCCCCUCCACUCAAAAAUCGAUCCCAGCCCAGAAACGUUCAAAUGGGCUGAAAUUUGGAGCAUAUAUUGGGAAUGAAGUGAGGAGGCUGUGGUAAAAUUUUCAGCUCGAUUGAUUGAUAUUUAAUAGAAAUAUGAACCAAACAAGGGUCAAAAACAGCUCAUUUUCGUUCCGAGAUUUCUCGGUCCGGACUCAUGCAAUAUCGUUUUUUUUUACUAGAAAGAGCAUGUCAAGAUGCAGAACACCACAGAUUCCUUUUUUUAAAUUCUUACUUUUUUAGCGAAAAAAGGGGAUCACAAGUUCAAUGACUUAAAAAACGCGCCAAAAAUGGGUGUCUAGUUACAUAAAUGUCUGUAUACAUAACAAAAAACAAAGCUUAAUCAAAAAAAGGACUCUGUGGUGCCCUGCAUCUCGACAUGCUCUUUCAAACAAAAAAAAAUUAAAUAUAUUGACAGAGCCUGUACCGAGAAAUCUUGGAAGUAAAAUCGAUAAAUCAUAAACCGAGAAAAAACAAAAAAUAUCUUUUGAUUUUUCAAGAAGCAGCUGGUUUUUCGAAUAGGGGUUGACGGAAAUCUUGAAAAUUUUUUGGGAAAAAUGAAGUAACGAGAAAAACAAAUUAUCGUUUAUGAAAGAGCAGAUGACGGGCUAUCUUCCCAUGCAUUUAUCUCAAUUUCGAAAAUUCUGACGAAAAUUUACUUUUUUGGAGGGGGGGGGGGGGGGUCUUAAGAGAAAAGUUCACAAGAGUGGCUAACCUGAAAAAAUUGCUAAAACGAGCCAAGCAUUAUGACAUUAGACGAUAAUGGUGAAAAAGAUAAAAAUAUUGAAAGAAACACAUUCUGCGCCACGAGUCAAGAGUAGAGUUAUUGGCUAAUAUAAAUCAAUCAACGGAAACGUAUAUCCACAAUUUAUUUUUUUGUAAUCUAUUGAAUCAAUUAUUUAUCUUUCCGAUAUGUCUUUGUUGAAAAGCAGGCAUCUACAUUAACAUAGACAUUUCAUAAUUAUUGAAGCUGAAGAUUUGUAUACUGUUGAUUACGAUGUGACAUGUACGUAAAUGAUCCAUAAAUGUUUAUGGAAAAAAGUCAUCUAUUUGGAAGCAAAACUUUGACAGUCGAAUAUAACAGUCUGCUGUAUUGAGGAGCCUUUUUUGAAUCUUGAUAGAAGUCCGAUUGAACUUUGAAUGAAGUCCAGAGAAAAAAAUGCGUACUAGAGCAUUGCCACAGGAACUUUCAACAAACACAUUAGUUUUGUAUUUAAAUUGUUUGUUUCUUAUUGCGAGGGGUUCAAAAAUGCCGGUUCAUAAUUGCAACUCGUUUUUUCAAUCCAAAAACACCUCCUAAUAAUUUCGUUUAAAAGCAUUUUCUUGAUUGCAUUCGGACACAUUUAUUUUUCAUGUAUUGAAACCCGAGCUUUUAGCGUUCUUUCACAGAAAAACAAAGUUUUUACAAGAGCGUUGAAAUGCUUUUUCUCUGAUACAUUUCUCCCUUGAAUAAAUGAGAUUUUGUUUACAGCCAAGAAAGAUAUAAAUAUACGCAUUCGUAACUUGAGAAAAAAUGGUUGUUUAUGAAGAAAAUUCUGCUACUGUUUAGAGAAAAACUUUGCAGCGUUAGACUCAGAAAUAUAUCGCUCAAAUAGACCCCUUAUAAACAUGAAUUUUAUGAAUAUCGUGCAGUACACUCUAAGAAAAAUCCGUCGUGUAGGAAACCCUUAAUGGGUUUGCGAACUUGUUACUAUCGGAAACCUUUUAAGGGUUUCCGAGAAAAGGUUUCCGAGCACUCGGAAACCCUGCAUUAGCAUAUUUUACUACCACAACACACCAACCAUCGGAAACGCAUUAACUGUUCACGAGCAGGUUCCAGAACAAGUAGAUACCUUACUUCGGUCAAUUAAAAUAACCCUUACAUGAGCCACAAAAGCCCU